CAAAUACCCCUCGCUACAAGAACCCCUUGAUUGACGGACGCUUCUCGUUACAAGAGCCGAUAUUGCGCAAUCGCAUGAGCACGAUGGACGAAGGCCGAGGCCGCGUCGUGCGGACGUCGCGGCCGCUGCGCCAUGUGAUGCACCUGCCGCCGACCAUGACGAGCAGCGGGCUCGAGGUCUCCGUGCAUGAGUGUCCCCGCGCCCUCCUGCGCGAGCUCGUCCAUGUCUUCCCGGCCACGCUCAAGAAGGACAGCGCGGUCCUUGGCGUCGUGACCUGCCAGCGGGCCUGCGUGGACCUCGCCCAGUUUGGCAGCGAGGCCGACAAGGAAAAGGACCGGCUCCUCGAAAACUUCGCGCGCUGGGCCCAGGACGUGGCGACGGCGAUCCUCGCGUCUGGCCACUGGGCGGACUUCAUCGAUCCGUGCUCUGGACUGCCGAUGCUUGCGAUGAACUCAAGUAAGGUGUACAGCGAAGUCGACGGCGUCGAAGUGCUCUUGCACUACUCGUGCCUCAGCGCGGGCAUGUGCAAGAUCCUUCUCCAUCCCGAGUGGGGCGCUGCCGUGUACCCGGCGUCGCUCUUCACGACGGCGCCUUACGACGUUGUCCACGCUAUUAUCUCCAAGGGCUUCCCCCACGCGCAGGCAUGAGCGGCUUCGACCGCUCUCCCCCGCAUGUAAGACGACCCUCGUAAUUAUCGCUACGCUACGCUCG